UGCUGGGAUUACAUGCUCCUCUUCCAACUCCUCCUCUCUGCAUGCGCCUCAGAGCCAGUACCAAGAACUGGAAGUAGCCCUGGACUCAAGCUCUGCAACAAUCAAUCAACUCAAUGAAAACAUAGAAUCAUUUAAACAACAGAAGAAACAAGUGGAACAUCAGCUGGAAGAAGUAACAUGGUGUUUUGUUUUUUUUUUCUCACGAUAUAAAUGCUGGGUUUGGGGGGAACUCAUGACUGCUACAUUUGGGAGGCACUCAAAUGUAGAGGUGCCAGUCUCAUGUCGCCCACUCCCAGCCUGGGGAAGAAGGCUCACCCCUCAGAUUCUACCCAUCCUUCCAGGUUAUCCCCCGGUAACCUGGUCCCAUGGGUGGGCCUGUCCUGGGGCAUUGGUGGCAUGCUGGGGGCAUGUCUCUUGCUGUGCCAUCGCUGCCUCCCCCAGUGCUUGCUUGGCUUUUCUCCCAAAGGUUCAAUUCCAGACAAUCAACAUCCUCGUGUUGGAAAAGGCAGACUUGAAGACCACAGUUUACCAUACUAAACGUGCCGCCACUCCCUUCGAGGGAGAAUCCAAGGAUCUGACCAGCCACCUGCAAUAUUCCUUGCAGCGUAUUGGAGAGUUGGAGCGGGCUCCCUCUGCUGUCUCCAUGCAGCAGCAGGAAGAGGACAGGAACAGUGAGAACAAGAGCGCACUGCAGUUGGAGCAGCAAGUAAAGGAGCUGCAGGAGAAGAAGCUGAGCGAGGUGAAGGAGAUGGUAACCAUCCAAAGGAAGGGCUGGGAGGCGCGGCAGCCAGCCUUGGGGAAAGGGAGGUGUGAGGCCAAAGGCAGCUCCAGCCUGGGGGCAGGGAUGCCAGCACCCUUCAGGGCCAGUCCUGGUGACUGUUUCUUCUUCCUGCCCUCUGACCUUUAG